GAUGGAUUAUCAACAAAGUGUAUAUGUAUUUCUAUGAGUCGCAGCAUCGCUGUGAGUGUGUGCGCGAGCGCGAGCGUGCGUAAAGACCGACAGGCUCGAGCGCUUCAUUUCGAUUCACCGGGGACCCCUGCGCGCAACAAGAGCCCCCCAUGGGUGCAAUAGUGCAAACACAGACGGCGGUGAUUGGCCAGAGGUUGAUCAGAUGGUACACUUCCCCUCUGUACUCAGCGGCACCUCACAACCCCCCCUUUCAGCAAAAACCAAAUCUCGGAUAAAGUAAUGGCAAAACCACUUGGACUAUAAAAGACAACAAAUCAUAUUCCUCCGGAGUAUAUACACCCCGUUGUCCACCCAUGAGUUCCUAUUUUGUUAACUCAACUUUUCCCGUGUCUCUACCGGGAGGACAGGACUCUCUCCUGGGUCAGAUACCGUUAUAUUCCUCGGGAUACACCGAUCCGUUAAGACACUACUCCAACGCGGCCACAUAUGGAGCAGCCAACAUGCAGGAUAAGGUUUACCCGGCGUCCUACUACCAGCAGACGGGCGCAGCUGCCGCGGCCAUCUACGGCCGCGCCGGCGGCGGAGCGCCCUGCGACUACAACCCGGUCGGGACUUUCUACAAGGACGCGGAGGGCUCGUGCGCUUUCUCGAGCCGCGAGGACCAGCCGCUGUUUGUCACUCAGGAGCAUCAGCAGCGCAAAGCGGAGUGCCCGGAGCAGACUGUCAGUAUGAGCAGCAGCAUUGACGACAAGUCCUCCACUCUGAUCUACCCGUGGAUGCAGAGGAUGAACGCCUGCUCCGCCGACACACGACUACAGAUUUCGAGUGCACUUUCAGGUCCAUUUGGCAACAGUGGCCGCAGGGGCCGACAGACCUACACCCGCUACCAGACUCUGGAGCUGGAGAAGGAGUUCCACUUUAACCGCUACCUGACCAGGAGGCGCCGGAUAGAGAUCUCCCACGCGCUGUGUCUGACGGAGAGACAGAUCAAAAUCUGGUUUCAGAACCGCAGGAUGAAGUGGAAAAAGGAGAACAAACUCCUCAAUCCAUCAAAGACACCCGAGGAGGAGGAGGAACAGGCGGAGAAAAAGAGCUAAAGGGACACUGAAAGAAAGGCAUGUGUGUGUGCGCGCGCUUGGGUGCGCACACUCCUAAAAUAAAACGAUGUAUUAUUUCUUUGUAGAUAAAGUGCUGCAAAUCACAUGUUAGAGGCGUGUAGAGUGAUAGACUUUAUUUCAGUAUCUGCACGGUAAUAAUGUCUGCAUUAGGUUAAAAAUCUGUUUGUCCUUGUGCUCGUGUGUUUAUUUAGGGGACUAUGCAAAAUCCGCCAAAAUGUAAAUAAUUUUUAGUGUUUAGUUUUUGACAAUGUUGUUACCUCAUUAUCGUAGGCCUACUGAGAUUUAUUCUUCUUAUUUUUUUUUUUCCACCUCAUGACAUUAAAAAAGAGGCUUUGUCCUUCCCUGUACAUCUCGUGGUGUAGUUGUUGUAUAAUAGUCUAGGCUCGUUGUUUACAGCUGUGCCCUCAACGGUUACAUUUGUACAGAUAAGAAAUGUUACAUGUUAUUUAUUGUUGUUCACCAUGUGUUCAAUGCACAUCUGGAUAUUGUGUGCAAUAUUUUGUUUAGGAAAUUGUACAUAGAAAUAAAGGCUUUUUGAUGUA